CGCACGACCCAGCUUGUGAACAAUCUCCCAACUCAUCUCUGACGUGUAAACAUGUGGUUUAUAAUUUUUAAAUCGAUAGUAAUCAAUACUAAUUUGAUCCUAUGAAUAAGCUGUUUCUAGUAAUUUUCUCAAAAAGAAAUUGUGAUUUCAAGAGUGAUCAAAAUCGAGAUGAUCGAGUCUUGCACAAAAAGACAAAUGUUAUUAGGUAUCACUUUACUAGGAGGGUUAACAGUUUUGGUUUUAAUUGUCGAAAGUCAUUGGACGGAAACAACGAGUAGUAAACCAUAUAUAGAAAAUUUUGAAAAUAAUUCAGCAUGUGCUACUAACGAGGAGGUAGAAGUGAUUUCUGAAUGUCAACCAUGCACUGCGUUUGAAAUAGCGAGUAAAAGUAUCGGAGUAUGUGCUCAUGCCAGAUAUAAGGAGAUAAUAAAAUGCAAGGACGGGGAAACUAUAACAAGAAGCUGUGACAAGGUUGCUUGGUUGGAAGAAAGAACAUUUUGGAAAUUCGAAGGGUUCAUGCUUUUAUUAGCAGUUCUGUCGUGUAGCAGCGUAUUUUGGAGAGAGAAUAUUUUAAGACAAAGAAUCAUAAGAAGGGUAGCUAGGCAGCUUAGAGGUAGCGUUUAAGAGUAAUUUUCUU